AUGGCAAAAACCUCCGAAACUCCAUCAUCUGAACUAGCUAAAUACACAAAGGAAAUUAACAAAAGUUUAAAGGAUGAUUGCAAGCGUGAAAAAGGCAGGGAUACUAUUGAUAAAAUUGCUCAAGAAAUUUUGGCUUGCAGACAAGUAGUAAGUCGCUACGAAUCAGUAGAAAGAUACAGUGUAAUGAACGACCCACCUUGUAAUUGUUUGAAAGGAUCACAGAGUAGUGUUCCUGAGCAAUCCACAAACAGACAUGAAGAAGUGGGAA